ACAGAAAUUCGAAAACAAUCGAUGAAUCUAAUUAAAUAUUUUUUUUAGAUAUGUAUAUUGUUUUUUUGGAAUAUUUUAUGUAGACCGACUGUUGUUUAUUUUAUUAACAUCUCUAUUUUUUUGCAGACCAAUAAGACAUGCUUAGGUCGUGGAUCACUUGGACAAUAAUUUGUGGAAACAAUAGCAACCCGUUUCUACAAAUGUUUCCGUGGCCCGAGGGGAUCGGAAUGGGCAGUAGAGGUCUGAGGAAGAUGAGGAUUCGCUAUCAAUGUCCGCGCUGCCGCAAAAGCUACUCUACGAAGAGCGCCGUGACGGCCCAUUACAAGUACGACUGUGGCAAGCCGCCACGUUUCGAGUGCCCCUAUUGCGGCAUGCUUAGCAAAAAGAAGUUCAAUGUACAGGACCAUAUCAGGCACAAGCAUCCGUCGAAGCUGGUCAUCUGCAACACGCUAUUCUAGGACAAGUCGCGCGGCCACGCAUGGCACGCGCGAUUAAAGGCACCCAGUACGAAUGUCGAUUUAACGCGUGAUUCGUCCCGUGUGCCCACGCGUUUGCGUCUUUUUCGCUGACGAUAGUCACGAGACAAGCUGGGAUAAAUGUCUAUUCUACUGGAGCCUCAUUCCUAAGAGAAUAAUGUCUUUUUGUACCUGUUAGCGAUUAUUAAAUGUUACUUUCAUUUAUUAUAUAUGUAUUUUGAAUGUAAUGCAUGUCACAAGACAAGAAUUUGUAUUUUUAUCCCGAGUGUUCAAACGGAUUUGGGAAGAUUGAUUUCCGUUCUAAGUUCUAUAUUUCGUUAUUGUAUCAUUGUUUUUUGUUCCUUCAUUCAUCCAGUUCCGUAAAAAAGGUUUUAUAUUUGAAUAUUAUAUUACAUAUGUGUAUUAUAGAUGAAUAUUUGCUUAAAUCUCUAGGGGCGAGUGUUAUAAAUUUUUUUCACUUUAAAAUUAAAAUUCAGAAUAAAUUCGAAGUAAAAUCGGGAUUUGUGCAAAUUAGUUAUAUUUAAGAACUGAAGAUGGAAAUGUAUGUAGCAUUAAACACUGAUGUAUAGUACUUCUAUCAGUAAGACUACACGAUUCUUCACUUACUAAUAAUUUUUAAGCAAAAGCAGUAAAAAUAAAUUGUUUUUUUUUUUAAUGACAAAACGAUGUUGUCCCUAGAGAAUUAAUGUGAUAAUUAAUAGCACAACAGUUCGUAUUUUUAUUUUUUAAUGUGUUUCAGAUUUACGUAAUUUUGUAUUUAGAUAAAUAUACGAGAUAUUUUUGUGCAAGAUCGAAUCACGUUUAAUAAUAUAUAAGACGAAUUUUAUUAAUGAAAAUGAUUUCUUUCUUGGAGAAAACUUGAGUUGACUAUCAAUUCCCGAUAGCGACUUGAGUAAAAGAAAUGAUAUAGAAAUAGAUUAACAUUCUACUUGAGAUGUAUCUUUUUUAUCGGAAGAUAAUUGAAUCUGCGAUAAUUGAAUAAUAUAGAAAGAUUAAGUCAUUACAUCUCAUUACCUGACAAUGUACUUAGUCAUGUAAAGCGACUGAACAUGCGCUUGUUUUCAAGUUUUAAUAAAAAUGUUAUAUUGAAAAAA